UCUGCGCAUAUGGUGUUGUUUGGAAAGAACGUUCAAGAAAGUGGGAUUUUGAAGGACGGAACCUUCUUGAAUUUUGAACUACGACGAUGAAAUGAGGACUAUCCAGGGAGAGGGGAAUGGAGAAAAGCUUAGUGCAAUCGGCUUCCCCGAAGAGAGGACCGAGCUCUGCCGAUGCGAAUCUAAGUAUUGUGUUGAAUUUAAUGUGCCAUACAACUUGCCAUCGUCAAGGAGGCGAAACUGAGAAAUUCGCAAAGAGAGCCAUCGAAUCUCUGGUCAAAAAGCUUAGAAAGAAAUCUGAAGAGCUUGACUCCCUAAUCACUGCUAUCACGACUAAAGGAUCCAAGUCGUCAAAAUGCGUCACGAUCCAGAGAACUUUAGAUGGCAGACUUCAAGUUUGUGAGCGCAAAGGCUUUCCGCAUGUGAUCUACGCUCGACUAUGGCGAUGGCCCGACAUUCAAAAAAUGGAGAUGAAACAUUUAGAAUUCUGUCGAUACGGCUAUGAUCUCAAGUACGAGAGUGUCUGCGUCAAUCCGUACCAUUAUGAGCGGAUACGUAGUCCGGCCGCGGCAGCUCUAUCUGUUAAAACAUCUUCACCAAAUUGUGAUAAAUGUGCGCUAUCUGUGUUGAAAGAAAGCCCGCCUCAACCAGCAACUACAUAUGAUCAACCAAAAUACCUUGAGGCUGGACCAAGCAACUCAUUACCCCGACCAAGCAAUAUUCCAUGUUCAGCAGAUCCUUGCCCCAUCAUUGUGCGUAAUUUACUUUGGCAUGCUGUUUACCGACAUCAGAGCACUGAUGCUGAAAGCUUUAGUCGAAGAGCCAUUGAAUCGCUUGUGAAAAAACUGAAGAAGAAAUUCUAUGAGCUGGACUCACUUAUUGUAGCAAUUACUUCAAAGGGACGACAGCCAUCAAAGUGCGUCACUGUUCAAAGGACCAUGGAUGGACGGCUGCAAGUUGGGGAUAAGAAGGACUUUCCACAUGUUAUAUAUGCUCGACUCUGGCGAUGGCCUGAUGUACACAAGAUGGAGAUGAGACACAAAGAAUUCUGUCAAAAUGGUUAUGAUACAAAACAUGAGAAAGUUUGUGUAAAUCCUUACCAUUAUGAGAGAGUGCAGCCACCAGACUGGUUCAGAGCAUCCUUAUAUGGAAAUGUACACAAGGCGCAUAGCUCAGCAGAAGUUGGUAACAGUCAUAAAACUGAUGAGGUUCCAAAUGGAGUAGUGUUAUCAAAUGAGCACAAUCUUGGGGAGAAAAAUAAUUGCUUCUGUUCACACAGCAGUUCUCCACAAGCACGAAAGAGACCUAAUAUUCAAGAAACAAGUUUUUCCAACUCAAGAAUAAAGAGAAAACCUGAUUAUGAAGGAGACAGGACGACAUCAACUUGUUCAUCUGUAAGCUGUUCCAGUGACAGCGAUCAAGACAUUGACAUUGAGGCAGAUUCGCCAAAAAGAAUUAAGCUUUCUCCUAGGGAGACAUUUGAGAAGAGAAGUCCAAUUAAGGUCGAGGAAGGGUUGAACAAUUCUCACAGCAAAAUGAAUUAUCUUCCUAGGAGAGUUUGCUGUGCGUUGUGUAAUUGUGUGAGCAAUAGUGUCCUGGGACAGGGUGAGCUGAUAUGUUUUGGAAGAAUACCCAGCUUUCCAAGGAACCCAUCAAGUCCUAUGCAACACAAAAAUUUACGAGUAGAUUAUCCAAAUCCUCACCAUGCAAUGGCUGGUGGUGCACUUCCUCUUCAUGGUAGGAGAAGUCCUUAUGAUGGAGAGUAUCAAGAUGUUAGACAACAUCCACAGCCAUUUAGAGCAGAAGAUGGCAACACAAUCCUGCACCAUGGAGAAGUGCCUGUCAGACCAAAAAGCCCAAAGGGAAACUCAUUCAGCAACAGACAAACAGUGCCUCCCCAAGAAGAUCUUUCCUGUGUGGGGUUUGAGGAAGAACCAGAUUUGGUUGACCUUUGCGACAAGUCUGGACAGAUCUGGGUACAUGAAAAGUGUGCAGCAUGGACGCUGGCUUCAAUAGCAGCAAAGUCCUCAGUGGAAUUUACAGUAGACUUGACCAAUCAGAUUUUAUCAAAGAAAUGUAGUUAUUGUGGCCGAUUUGGUGCAAGUGUUAUAUGCGAAAUGUCUGACUGUGGAAGAAUAUACCAUUACCCCUGUGCAAUGGCUGCAAGAGCUUUUCAGGACAUGAAGAUGAUGAAGCUGUACUGUUUAAAUCAUGAGGAUGUAAUUAGAAGAAUAGCUUUCUGCAACAGAUGCCAACAAGUUGGUGAGUUCUCUCAGCUGUUACUCUGCACAAGAUGUAGCUGUUACUAUCACAGCUACUGCUGCUCGCCUCCUGUCCGUGUUACAGAGUCUGUCAGUGCUGGGUGGGAAUGUUCUCAGUGCAAGACAUGUCAGUCUUGUAGGACCACUUCAAGUAAAGACAAACUAUUGAUUUGCGGUAGUUGUGACAAAGGAUACCAUCCUCUCUGCACAGUGCCUGUUGCAAACUUUGCAGAGAAACUAGGCUGGAAGUGUGAGAAAUGUAGGCAGUGUCGACAGUGUAAAACAAAGCAAACAUCGCAGUGGCACAUAGAUUACUCAUUAUGUGACAAGUGUUACCAAUACAAACACAAAACAAAUCAAUGUCCUCUCUGCAAUGAAGAUCCAGGAAAUCAGAAAGUUAUCCAGUGUAAUUCAUGCAGUAGGUGGAUUCAUACAGUUUGUGACAAUAUCACUGAUGACAUCUACAGGAAAGUUGAAAGUGACACUAGUAUCAUUUACAUCUGCAAAAUUUGUAGAGAUGAAAUUGAGUGUAUAAAGAAUGAGUGUAGACUAGAGAUAAAGAUGGAUCCUGUUGAAGUAGAGGAAGUUUCUCCUGUCACAUCUAUGGUUUUAUCACAAGAAAUAUACAGAGGACAGAGCACACAACCCAGCUCUGUUGUCACAACAAGUGUGGCUUCCACGCCAUUGGCCAUGUCAUGGAUGACGUCGGAGCCUGUCCAGUGGUCAAGAUUGAGGAUGACAUAUUCUUUUGAGUAUUUUAUUAUGAAGCAGUAUGGUAAAGUGUUACUUUAGAAAAAGUAUUUUGAAAGUGUUCAUGACAGAUAGUGGUUAAAGGUUUCUUUACUGGUAGUUUGCCAUUGGUGACAUGGAAAAAUGUCACAAUUUCCAAGACUAUUAUUCCACUUUUGAUUAAGUGGUUCAUUUCAUGACUAGAUUUAUUCAACCCUUAAACUGCCAGAGAUGAUUAACAUGUAACUUCUCCCUAUGAUGACCACACAUUACCCAGCAAACUGGUUAUAAGAAUACUCAAACUUAUCAGGAAUAAGUUGUUAUAUUGAUCUAAAACCAAAUUCUCAUAACUUAUUUUCAUGGAAAUUUUUUAGCAGUAAGAGGUGAGAAUUAACAAUCACAUCUUGGGAGUUAAAGGGUGAAGUUGAUAGCCAUGCAGAAUUCUCUAUUUGAAGUUUCAUGAAUGACUGGCUUCAUGUUUUGUUCUAAUGUGAAGAAAAGUAUACCUUGACUUUAUUCUAUUCUGCUGCUACCAAGUCUCUUAAUUUAAUGUGUGUAUUGCAAAGGUUUAUACUUCAAAACCUUGCUAGACACUGUGUUGAAUACUUUCGCAAUAUUGAUUUAAUCGAAACACAUACAUUUGGUUUCAUACUGAAAAUUUUGGUUAUUGGUAGAAUGUUUGGUGCUUUACAGUAAUUUAAAAUGGUGAUAAAGUUGGUGGUUGUGUAGAAGUCUUAUAAUAUUUGCUGUCAUUUUGAAACUCGUAGUAAUCAUCCAGACAAUUCAAACUCGUAAAUUAUUAAAUUAUCCACAGGUAUAAAUAUUUAUAAUUGUCACAAACAUGCAUUCACUGAAUUGACUCAGAUUAUUAAAUUUACCAAUGCAAUAUAAUGAAUGUUGCAUAUAGUGGGGGGAAAAAACUAUUUCUCUGCUGAAAACUCAAAAGAAAUCUAUAAUUUAUAUGUCCAGAUAUUUUCCGGUCUCAGAAUGAAUUCUUUUAAACAAUUACCACUGAAAAACACUAUUUAUUUCCAAUAAUAGCUGAAUGAUCAUAAGCAGCCCACCAAAUUCACUUUUUAAAGUAGGAAUUUUAAGUUUUUGAUGUUUGCAAGUUUUUUUUUUUGUCAUUGAAAAUAUAUAAUGAAAUGAUCUUGGUGAUUUUCAUAUUUGGUAAGUAAUAGUAUGUUACUUAUGAGGCUAAUGACAUGAUUAUGUGUUCUUAUUACAAUUAUCAUAAGGUGGUUCUCACAUUUUCUCAGGGAGGCUUAGUUGUUGUAACUGUGGUGUAAUUUGGGUGACCCAAUAAUAAUUAUUUUUGAUCAUGACAGAUUCACCAUUGAGUGGCAACCAGUAUACGUCUAAGGUUGCAAAAUUUAAAAUUUGAUGUACAUACUUAUAUAUGCAGGUACAUAUAUUUUGUCAAGUUUUUGUAGCUUUGCAACAUUGUAAUUAUUGGAGAUGAUAAAGUUGACUUCGCAAAGUUAUUAAUGCCUUUGAACAGAAGUGAAAUUGUUAAACAAAUUAAUCAAACACAUUCUUUUAGACUGAUCACAAUUAAAAAAGUAUGGAUGAUAUGGCUUAAGAUGUUCCUGGAUUGCAAAUAAUUGUAUGUUUCAUAGAUUGAAUGUUGAUCAUUGUUUGACACUCCCCUAAUCUGAUUGGAGGGCUAGUGAUUUUGAUAUAAACUGCCAAUUUUUUGGCUACAACUGCCUAAUAUCUGAAUUAUUUUAUGCUUGCGGAGAACAAAAUCACUAACAAUAACGACACUUGUUCCCUUAAGAGUAAGAGAUUUUCUUUUGACCCUUUAAUCAACCCCCUGGGGUGAUUGACAUGUAACUUCUCCUUAUAAUAUUGAUAGAUUACCCAGCAAACAGGUAAUGAGAAUACUUAAACUUACUAGGUAGAACUAACACCAAAUUCACAUUGCUAAUUUACAAACAAAC